AACAGCCCAGUACGCCUCAACGGAGCUCCUGUACUUCAUGAACUUCCCAGAUGCAGGCACGGAAACACUAAGAAACAGCUACUUUUUGAAUGUCGGGAUAUAGAUUACGGAUUAUAAUUUUCUGCGUGGAAGUUGGGCUUCAGUUUUUAUCAUGAUAGGACAACUUUUCGAGUUUUUCGGCACAGCUCUAAAUUGAAUCCAUUAUUGUUUCAGUGGUCUUAUUUAUAUUUAUUUAUAUUUCCAACCUUGGACAAAUGGACUUCAUUCGUCAUUCUUCUGGAACAAUGAGCGGCUCUCAUUGGAUUCAUCUUUAUCCGGGGAUUUAAGUGCUUUCAGAGAAUUGGUGUUGUAUUUAAAAAAAAAAAAAAACUAUGGCAUUUAGUUUGCGAAUUCACCUUUUUACAGCUUUUGUCUCCUGUAUUAAGGUUCAUUCUCAAGUGGCGCAAUCUCUGAAACAUCCAGGCCUGCAGGUGUUGGCCACGGCCUCGCAUUACUGGCCUCUGGAUGCCGUGGAAGGAAUCCACGAACUGUGGGAUCAGAUUGGAAACAGACCAGGUUAUGUUAACGGAAGUAACAUAACUAUCAGAAUCCACAACCACACUGUGCUCCCUUCUUCCCAUAAUUCUUCCUAUGUGUAUACCAAUGAUUCUGCCUACACUAACAUUUCUGCAACACUAGACAUUGUUGAAGGAAUGGUCAACAAGGGAAUCUUUCUGAAUGGAGAUAACGGCGGCACUUUUCUUCACUUUGGAAACUACCAGAACACGUGCAUUAGUGACCCUACUUUAUGUGGUCCUGAGGGUAUUACCUUCUCCUUUUUUUGGAAAAACCAUGAGCGACAGUCUCGCUUUGCUGUAGCCUCUGGAGGAAAAGUUAUCUCCAACGGCUUCUCGGUCUACACCAACCCCCAUGGAGGAUAUGUGGAGUUUUACACUCGAGGCAACAACCACAGAUGGAGGGUCAACAUCGAAGUUCCAGGGCCAUACUGGACCCACAUCCUCUUCACAUGGACUAACAAAGAUGGCCUGAAGGUCUACAUCAAUGCAACCUUAACUGCUGAGAACAAAAAUGCAAGCAUCUCAGAAGAAGCCUAUGGAGACCCCUACCCUGACCUAGUCAUUGGAACUGGCAACAGCAAGGAAUAUGGUCAUUAUGUAACGGGGGCCUUUGAUGAAUUUGUCAUCUGGGAAAGGGCCCUUUCACCUAAAGAGAUCUCGCUCUACUACAGUGCAGCUAUAGGUCAGGCCAUGGUUUCUGAAACAACACCUGAAAUCUCCAGAGAAGUCGCCUCAACUACACCGAUGGUCAGGGCCACUGAUGCGAGUCCUCCUAUCAUCAGCAGUCAUCAAGAGGAGAUCCGAGGCCCUGAGUCCCUGCCAGUGGUGGGUUUCCUGAAGACACUGCCCAACAGGACCAUUCCUCGUGACACUGCCAACAACCUCACACAGGCUUUUCUCAAAAGUGUGGAAGAAGUACUGUCCUCUCCUGGACUGCCAGAGCAGUCCACACCUGUGGUCAGCGGUCUGAUCAGGACAGUGGACAGAGUGAUGGAACAUAUGGUAACUAACCUGGAGGACAGCCCGAACUCUCUCAUAUCCCUGGGUGGAACAUCUUUUGUUGCAGAUUACUCUCUGAUGAAACUCCCACAGAAUUUCAACCUGCCGCAUUACCGCUUCCCCACAGAAGGCAAGAGCUACAUCUCUGUGCCUGGAGAGGCAUUCACAAUGGAAUCUCAAACCACCAUUGUUGGUCUCUUCUACCACAACAUGCACAGCUACUACAAAGAGAUCAGUCCUGUGAAGACCAGGAUUAAUGAAGCAGCUGAGUACAAGGAUCACAAAAUCACGGUAGCAAGCUCUCUCAUUUCUUUGAAAGUGGAGCCUUUGCCUGCCCUGUCAGUCAACCUUUCCGGAGCGCCGCUCAUAAAGAUUGUGCUGACCCAUGUUUUGACUAAAGAACAGCAGGACCAAGUAUUGAAUCAGAGCAAUAAAGUCUUCCUCUACUGUGCCUUCUUGGACUACAGUUCUAAAGAGGGAGUAUGGUCCAACGAAGGCUGUGUACGCGCAGAUGGAAACAUGACAUAUUCAGUGUGUUUGUGCAACCACCUUACCAACUUUGCCAUCCUCAUGCAAGUUGUGCCCUUAAAGAUUUCUACUGGCCACAAGGUGGCACUGUCAACCAUUGGUUAUGUGGGCUGCUCCAUUUCCAUCUUCUGCCUUGCCAUCACGCUGGUCACCUUUGCAGUCUUGUCGUCAGUGAGUACCAUCCGUAACCAGCGCUACCACAUCCACGCCAACCUCUCCUUCGCCAUCCUGGUGGCUGAAAUCUUACUGCUCAUCAGCGCUCGCUUUGACCCUGGCACGCUGCCUUGCAAGGUUAUGGCUGUCCUGCUUCACUUCUUCUUUCUGAGUGCGUUUGCCUGGAUGCUGGUGGAGGGCCUUCAUCUCUACAGUAUGGUGGUCAAGGUGUUCGGCUCUGAGGACAGCAAACACUACUACUACUAUGGCAUUGGCUGGGGCUCUCCACUGUUGAUCUGUGUCGUGUCCAUGACGUCAGCGCUUGACAGUUAUGGUAAAGUUGACAACUGCUGGCUGUCACUGCAGAACGGAGCCAUUUGGGCAUUUGUGGCACCGGCUCUUUUUGUGAUUGUGGUGAACAUAGGCAUCCUGAUAUCCGUGACCAGGAUCAUAUCUCGAAUCAGCGGAGAGAAUUACAAAGUUCAUGGAGAUGCCAAUGCAGUCAAACUGACCGCAAAGGCAGUAGCUGUGCUUCUGCCUAUACUAGGCAUUUCCUGGAUCUUUGGUGUUCUCGCCGUCAACACACACUCUUUGCCAUUCCUUUAUAUAUUUGCAGUAUUCAACUCAUUACAAGGGUUUUUUGUCUUCUUAUUUCACUGUCUUCUCAACUCUGAGGUCAGAGCUGCUUUCAAACACAAAACCAAAGUGUGGUCUCUUACCAGCAGCUCCAUCCGAAACAUUAAUGUGAAGCCCUUCAACUCUGACAUUAUGAAUGGACACAAGGAGGGUGUAACUCCCACCAAGAUGAACACAUGGGACAAGAGCACCAACUCAGCCAACCGUAUUGACCUCUCUGCCGUGUAGAACAACACAUCGCUAUUUCUGUCUGUGGUGGGAGAGCAGUCUGAAGCUCCCACUUUGUUAUAUACUGAAUUGGACAUUCACCUGCUUAAGUGUCACCAAAGGGAGGUGUUUUGUAGCUACAUGAUAGCUUUAAAGACAAGCAGACUCUUAGGACUGUGCCUUACUAUCCACUCAUAAAAACAUGACAUGUUACCAAAACCAAAAUCAGGAACACCUAAGGGGGGGGGUCUGUGAAGUGACAGAGAUCCAUGAGCACCGUUGAGGGUCUGGUGAUGACACUCUGAGUAACGCAGCAUGUCAGUUUGUCUGUUUCCUGGUCUGUCUGCAUACUGUACAGUGUUGCCAACUUUUCUCUAAGAAAAGUCACUGGUGGGUGUCUUAAGUCAUUUAAAGUUGCUAAAUCGUAGGGUGGGUCCCCCCUGUUUCCAAAAGUCGCCAAAAUCACCGGGAAAAGUCGCUAGAUGUGCCACUAGUCACUUUUUGAAAAAAAAAAAAAAAGAUCGGGGGGGGGUCUGAAAAGUUGCUAAAUCUAGCAGCAAAGUCGCUAAGUUGGCAACACUGAUACUGUGCUGUACUGUAUAUAGGAGAGUUAGGGUUAGAGGACGCAGCUUUUAUGUAUGUUUAGUACAGUGAAAAAGUACAUUGUUUCUGAUGCCAUGGGUGUACUGACUUUUCUCACUCAAGAGUAACGUCUAUUAAUAGUUUUGUUUAAAAAAAAAUUGAAAAUAUUAACUUCAUCUCUAAUUUUCAAAAAGUUCAAUUAUUUAUAUUGGUUGCAUCUAUUUUUUUUUCCACAACUGCACCAAGUGAGCACCAGCAUAGCCUAGCACAAUAAAAAAAUGUCCAAAAUAGGAAGCUACCUAGCUUGGCCAAAGCUGACAAAAUUCACCUACCAGGCACCACUGAUGACCCUCAUUUAUUUAAUACAUACUAAAAAGAGAGUAAAACUUACAAAUUGUAUCUUUCCAGUCAUGUGCCAGAUUAGCUGUAUCCUUCUUUUUGAAAAAUGUAUGCUCUGGCCAAACUAAUCUGCUGCCGUUUAGCUGCAGACCUGAGCACUGGUGUGUUAGCAGUCUUUUUUUUAUGGAACUUUUGGCAAGAAAGCAAAUAAGUUUAUUUUCCAAAAUGUCAAACUGCGUAUUUGAAUCACAUUGAUGUGCUUAUCGUAGCCUAAGUUGUCUGACGUGAUAAAGUAGUGCAAUUACAUCCAAUUUAGAAAAUGAAACACAGUGAUUAGUAUUUUCAAGAUAUAGCUGAGUUAAAAAAAAAACAAAACAUGGCCUUCGAUAGAAAAAGACCAAGGAAAACUCUAUUUUCCUUUGACGUAGUGUUAUAUUUAUGCUUUAAAAACUAUGACAAAGUGGUUUGACCAACAGGCAACAGAAAUCAUCAUCAUAAGGGACACAUUGUAAAUUUUAUCUAGGUGACACCUUUUCUAUAUUCCUGUGAUCCACACAGCUUUAAUUCAGUUCUGGUGAUGGCACACCGCAGUAACGGCGUAAUAACCAUGGAUGAUGUAAUAGUGAAUUAGAAUCUCAUAAUGUAUUUAUUUAUUUUGUGAAUCCGAAUUCUUUAUCGUGUCUUCUGCAAAGUGUCACAGCUCAACAAUCGGUAUGUUCUUAUGUUAAAUUGUGUGUUUAUUUGUGUUUAAACUGAAGACAAAUAAUUGACUGAUAUAGUUUCAGUACCUCACAUCUUAGUAAGCUGCCAUAUGUUAUUCUUUCUGUGGAACAGUGAAAACUAGCUGUGUAUCGAACCCAGUUCUGUGAAAUUUUAAUUUGUGUUUAGCCUAGUCUGUUGCUAUAUCUUCUAAGUUUUCUUUCUUUUUUGUACAGAAAAAUAUGAACUAUUUUCUAUAUCAGAGGGACUUGAUAAGGCUGUUGCUUUUUUUUUCUUAACAUACUGUGAGAAUUAAGGGAGAUGAUAUUACUUAAAGCAUCAUCGCUCUUACACUGAAACAUCCAUAAGGUUCCCAGAACAGGAUUUACUGUAAGUCACUCUGCACUCACUUUUCAAAUCAGAUUUAAAAUGAAAUAUUUCAAUAUUCCCAAGCAUGUAUGCGGCCUUUGAUGAUUGUCGUCUUAUGGUACUAUGGUUUGAGCUUUCAGUAAUCUUUAUUAAAAACUUUUUAGUAUGA